UAUAUCUCAAAUGUAUUUAUUAUCCUCCAAACUUUGUGGUAUACAUAUACACUUGAUACCAUACGUUUCCGCUUUAAUUAAAGAAAUCGAAACGCCUCUUCCCAAUUCCUCUCCCAUGAAUCAGAGCGAUCAUCAACGAUUUCUCGGCGGCGUCAAUUCGUCGAUCUCCUCCUCCUCGCCGCCGCCGCUGCUCGGAAGCUUCGGCUCAGGUUUCCUAGUCUGCCUAGCUUCCCUCGUCUGCGCGUUAAUCUGCAUCGUCGGCCUCUUCGCCGUCUCUCGCUGCGCCUGCUUCCGGCGCGUGUUCGGCACCGCAACCCUACCUCUCCCGCCGGCGCAGGCUAAUAAAGGAUUGAAGAAGAAGAUUCUCCGAUCACUGCCGAAACUCAGCUUCGCCGCUGCCGAACACGCCCCUAAAUUGUCGGAAUGCGCUAUUUGUCUGGCGGAAUUCGUCGGCGGAGAUGAGAUUCGAAUUUUGCCUCAGUGCGGCCAUGGAUUCCACGUUGCUUGCAUUGACACGUGGCUCAGAUCUCACUCCUCUUGUCCGUCUUGCCGCCAGAUCUUGGUGGCCGGCAGGUGCCGUAAGUGCGACGAAUUGCCGUCCGCCGCCGCCGCCGCCUCCUCCUCCUCUUCCGCCGUAGCCGACACCAGGAUAUUUGCUUAUCAGUCUAAUUAUCACGUUAAUGCAAUUUUUCCAUAGAUUAUCAACAACAAAGAAAGAAGAAAAUGUUUAUUAGUAUAGGGUAUACCCAUUACUGUCUGACUAAUUAUUAGGUUAUAUACGGACUAUGGACUGGGAGUACGUAUUUUGUACAAAUUAUGAAUUAAUCUACUUGUAUAAUAUUCCCUUCUUCUUCUU